CCACCACGCUUCACACCACACCACACCACAUGCUCUUCCUUUGAGUUUAGUCCAUCAUCUCCCCCCAUAGAAGCAAAACCUAGGCUGUGCCAGAACGUCCAAGAGACCUUCUUUCGCACGCGAGUGGCGCUGUUUGCAAUAUGCUCCAUUCUUUUUAGACUUUGAACUAGUAGGCCCGAGAACCGCUACAGACACACCAUCCGUGCUGUUGGCAGGUCUACAAAUAACUAUCGCAAUAUCCGUCUCUCUUUCUUGAAUAUGCUUCAUCACUCAGUUUGACUCACUUUAUCUCUUUCUUGUUCAUUCUGAGAGCGGAACUCAUCAGAAUGGCUCCCUCCGCUGACCAAGUUGGUCGUGGCUUCGCCAAAGUGCUCGGCAUCAAACUUGAGGAGCACCACCACGACCCCGUCACCCGCGGUGAAUCCGCAUACUCCAUCGACACUGCCGACAGCUACGUCGAAGAGGAACCCUCUGUUGUACAUUGGCUCCGCGAGCUUGUCCCGACUCCUCGCGGCGUCCUCCGAUGGUUCCUGUCCUUGUUCCCCUUCCUUAACUGGAUCGGAUACUACAACCUUCAAUGGCUUUACGGCGAUCUCGUCGCGGGUAUCACUGUUGGCGCUGUGGUCGUGCCUCAGUCAAUGGCAUACGCCAAACUCGCCCAACUUGAACCUGCAUAUGGACUGUACUCUUCUUUCAUGGGCGUAAUGCUCUACUGGUUCUUUGCGACAUCGAAGGAUAUUACUAUUGGUCCUGUUGCUGUCAUGUCGACCGUCGUUGGUAACAUUGUUCUCUCUGCCCAAGCGAUCGACAAGAGUAUUCCUGGACCGGUCAUUGCGUCCGCCCUCGCUGUGAUCCUUGGCGGCAUUGUCUUCGGCAUCGGUAUUCUACGACUGGGCAGAUUCACCGAAGUCAUUACACUCGCAUCCAUCACCGCAUUCAUGACUGGCUCGGCGCUCAAUAUUGCUGUUGGACAAGUGCCCAGCUUGUUGGGAAUCACGAAAGAUCAUGUUGACAACAGAGCUCCCACCUACCAGGUCGUCAUUGGCGUUUUGACCAACCUCCGGUGGGCUGGUCUCGACGCCGCAAUGGGCGUGAGCGCUCUGGCGAUGCUUUACAUCAUCCGUUCCUUCUUCAACUACAUGGCCAAGGCCUACCCCCAACAUAAACGAACCUGGUUCUUCCUGAACACUCUGCGUACUGCAUUCGUCAUUCUUCUCUACACCCUGAUCAGCUAUCUCGCCAACAUGAACAUCAACUGGGAUCAAAAGAAGGCCAAAUUCUCCAUUCUUGGUUCCGUACCCCGAGGCUUUCAACACGCAGGAGUUCCGCAGGUCAACGACAAGAUCAUCGGCCUAUUCUCCAGCCAGAUCCCUGUCGGUGUGAUCGUUCUCCUGAUCGAGCAUAUUUCCAUCUCCAAGUCGUUUGGUCGUGUCAACAAUUACCGCAUCGACCCAUCGCAGGAGUUGAUCGCCAUCGGUAUCACUAAUUUGAUUGGUCCUUUCGUCGGCGCCUACCCUGCCACCGGAUCAUUUAGCCGAACUGCUAUUAAGUCCAAGGCCGGUGUCCGAACUCCGUUGGCCGGUGUCAUUACUGGAAUCGUCGUUCUGAUCGCCAUUUACGCCUUGACCGCAGUCUUCUUCUUCAUUCCCAACGCAUCACUCAGCGCUGUCAUCAUUCACGCCGUUGGCGAUUUGAUCACUCCUCCAAACACUGUAUACCAGUUCUGGCGUGUCAGCCCCCUGGAGUUCAUCAUCUUCUUUGCCGGAGUGUUCACUAUCGUCUUCAGCAGCAUCGACAACGGCGUCUACGUCACCAUGGCUGCAUCUUUUGCCUUGUACAUCAUCCGCCUGUUCUGGUCCCAGGGUCGUGCCUUGGGUCGCGUCAAGGUCCGACAGAUCUCCAACAACACCACCGACGACAAGAAUGAUGCGGAUGCAGGAAACCUCCGCUCAGUUUUCAUUCCCACAGACCAUGGCGACGGCUCUAACCCAAGCGUCGAGGCUCACUCUCCUUACCCGGGCGUGUUCAUUUACCGCCUGACCGAGGGGUUCGCCUUCCCCAACGCCAACAACCAGCUCGAGCACCUCACCGAGAUCAUCUUCGAGCAGACUCAGCGCACGAACCCCAACGCAUAUGCCCGACCUGGCGAUCGCCCAUGGAAUGACCCUGCCCCUCGCAAGGCCAAGGACGUUGCUUAUGAAGAGAACAAGCCUACACUCAAGGCUGUCAUCCUCGACUUCUCCUCCGUCAACAACACCGACAUCACUUCCGUGCAGUCCCUCAUUGACGUACGCAAUCAACUCGAUCGCUACGCCAGCCCAGACCGGGUACAAUGGCACUUCGCUGGUGUUUCCAACCGCUGGGCCAAGCGUGCUCUCGUCUCGGCCGGCUUCGGUCUCCCACCUUCCGAGGGCACCGAUCACACUCGCUGGCAACCACUUUACAGUGUCGCUGAGAUCGGCGGUUCUUUCAGCGCUGCCGCCGACGCCGAAGAUCGCCAGAACCGUCUCCGAGCUACCUCGUCACGCGGCGCCGAAGCCGAGCGCGGGGUGCCUACCGACGCCAUCUCUGCUUCAUCCUCAAACGCCGACCAUACCAGCAUCGACAAGCACCUCGCCACCGUCACUCAGCAACACGGCAACAAGACUGCGCUUGUGCACGGUCUCAACCGUCCUUUCUUCCACGUCGACCUGGAGGCUGCUCUCGACAGCACCAUUCUCUACAUCGAGGCUCACGGCGCGCAUCAAGCUCCACUCGGUAGCGAUGUCAAGGAGAUUGUUUAAGCGUGAUUUCGAAAUAAUUUCACUCGCAAAGGAUACCAGCGUCCUAGCGAGGAGCAUAUGGCGUACUGUACGCAGUACAGCCCCGGCGUUUCAUGGUUUUUUUAAAUAUACUUUCGGCUCCAGGAAUGAUACCAAAUGGGCAUGGGUCCUGGCUAGGACUUCUUUGUAUGUACAUGACGAAGGAUAAAGCAUGUUGAUAGAUGAAAAUCCAAACAUUCUCAAGUUC